AUGAACGUAGGUGGUAAAGAGGGUCUUUCUAUUCAGGAUAGAACGCGGAAUGUGGCAGAAUUGCUGAAAGUGUUGAUGGAUAUCAACGAGAUUAAUGGAGGGACUAAUGCGACAGCAGAAAAAAUGAAAGUUCAUGCUAAAAAUUUCGAAUCUGCUUUAUUUGCGAAAAGUUCUUCAAAGGAAGAAUAUUUGGAUAGUAUGAAGGAAAAAGUUACUGCUAUGAGAAAUACGAGAGAUACAAGAAAAAAAUCGCUAGCUAAUGCUAAAAAUAUUCAAAGUUCAGCCUCUUCCAAUAAUAACAAUAAUAUGGAUAUUGGUAAUAAUAAUAAUAAUGGCGGUGGAAAUGAUCAAGUGUCGCAACAACAACAACAACAGCAGAUUAAUGGUGCUUUUCCAAAUGGUAGCAAUAACAGUAAUAACAACAGUAAUAAUAACAUGAAUUAUAUGCCGAAUACUAUGAAUAUGAAUUCUCAAAUGUUUUUAAAUCAACAAGCGCAAGCGAGACAACAGGCUCAACAACAAUUGAAAGAUAGGCAACAACAGCAUCAUCAACAAAUGCAACAGCAACAGCAGAUGCAACAAGGUCAGAGUCAGGGUCAAGGUCAAGGUCAAGGUCUGGGACAAGGUCAAGGACAGGGGCAACAGAGACAUCAGUUGACUCCGCAACAAAGACAGUUGAUCAAUCAAAUGAAAGUGGCUCCUAUACCAAGAGAAUUGUUACAAAAGAUACCUAACAUUCCUCCAGAUGUUAAUACAUGGCAACAAAUUACAGAAUUAGCCCAACAAAAGAGAUUGACACCUCAUGAUAUGCAGAUUGCUAAAGAAGUUUACAAAAUACACCAACAAUUGUUAUAUAAAUCAAAGAUCCAACAGGUGAAUGCCAAUAGUGUAAUGAAUACCCAGCAAAGUAAACAGCAGCAGCAGCAGAUGCAACAGCAACAGCAAAUGCAACAACAGCAACAGAUGCAACAACAGCAACAGAUGCAACAAAGACAAAAGGAUCAACAGCAACAACAGAUGGGUAAUAAUAACAAUAACACCAACAAUGCUAAUUCUAAUGCUAAUGCUAAUACUAGCAACAAUAGUAAUAAUAAUGGAAACGCCAUUGGAGGACAACAGCAACAGCAAAUGUUUAGGAACAGAGCAGGUGAAGUGCCAAAUGUUCUAGGUCAAAUUAAUCAAAUAUUUACACCAGAUGAACAACGAGCUUUGCUACAAGAAGCCAUGGAGGCAUGUAAGACAUUCCAAAAGACGCAGUUUGGUGCAAAUAUGACUGAUGCAAACAGACAAAGUUUUAUUAGAAAAUAUAUUAAUCAAAAGGCUUUGAAGAAGAUACAGUCCUCGAGAAUGGCUCAACAAGCUGCUGCUGCCGCUGCUGCCUCUGCCUCUGGGGCAAGACCUGGUCAAAAUAAUAUGAAUAUGAACGGUAAUAAUGAAAUAGCUAAUACUGGUGGUAACAAUAACAAUAACAAUAACAAUAUGGCUGUUGGUAAUAACAAUAAUGUACCAUCACGGGGAAACAUGCAACAGAUGAAUAAUUUGCAGAAUGUUCCGCAACAGGCCAGAAAUACACCGAUUUCUCAGCAACAGAUGCAGGCACAGCAACAGGCACAGGCACAGCAACCGCAACAACAGGCACCACCAUCACAAGGUCACCAGAGGACAAAUUCUCAAAAGGCCUCGAUGUUACAAUUGUUACAACCAACACCACAAGAUAUUGAUACUGUUAGGAAGAUUUCAACAGAUGCCGCUAGAACCCCUCUGAGAUUGAAUGAUUUAACGAAUUCCAUUAGCCCUCAAGAAAGAGAAGAGAUUAAGAGAAAAUUACAAAUGAAUCAACAAUUAUUCGCUCAAGUUAGUAAUUACGCACCACAAGUUUACGUAUUUACGAAGAGUGAAGCAUUCUUGAAGGAGGUAUUACAAUUGAGAAUAUUUGUAAAGGAAAUUUUGGAUAAAUGUUCCAAAGGGAUAUAUGUUGUGAAGUUAGAUACAGUUGACAAGUUGAUUAUGAAAUAUCAAAAGUAUUGGGAAAGUAUGAAGAUUCAGAUUCUAAGAAGACAACAAUUGAUUCAACAACAACAACAAUUAAUAAGACAGAAACAACAGCAACAACAAGACCAACAACCCCCAACUGGUAAUAAUACUCCUAUCAAUAGUAUUCCAACGCCUGUUCAAAACAAUGCUAACAUGACUCAAGCUCAAGCUCAAGAUCAACGGAUGAGGCCAAAUCAACGUACUCAAUUACAGAACAGACAAUUACAGCAACAGCAACAGCAACAAAUGCAAUGGCAACAACAGCAACAGCUGAAUAAUAGUAACGCUAAUACGCCACAGAUGAAUAAUAAUUUUGUGCAAAUGAAUGGUGCUAUGCCAAAUGCGAACGCAAUGAACGUUAAGCUUAACGGUAGACAACCUUCUGUAUCCAUCCCACCAAAUGCUGUGAUAUCUGGUGAAAAUGAUAGUAUGAUUUCGCAAGCGAACGGGAACCAAUUUAUAACUGCGAAUGGAACUCCAGAUAUAAUGAAAGGUAACUCAAGAAACGCAAGUGUUCCAACUUCUACUAAAGUUUCGCCAUCUCGUGAAAAGACAGCUACCUCUAAUGGUGCUACAGGUAAAGGUAAUAAUAGCAAAAAACCUUCACCAUCUACAUCAACAUCAUCUCGUAAUGUAAAGUCUUUAUCUAACGUACCAACCCCAAGAUUGGCAAAUGUUAGUGCAAGAGUAACUCCUCAAUUGGUUGGUAAUGACCAACUUUCAGCCAGCAGUGGUGAAAUUAAUCCAGUGUUUAAAAAGGAAGAAGAUGAAUUACAAUCACUGAAUGUUAAAAAGACAGAGAUUGCAUCAAGAUUCAAGCACAGACAAGAAGUAUUCCAAUCAUCUCCAAUAGAUUUAUUCUUAAGUACUCUCUCGGAUACCCUUGGUUUGAAAGAUGAUGAGUAUGAGCCGCAAAUCAAGUUUUCUCAGGAUUUUAUAGAUAUAACUAAUCGAACAGGUAAGAAAAAGAAAUUAACAAAAGUGGCACAACGUGCUAGGGAACGUGAUCCUGUCAAUGUAAGCAUAGUAGAUGGUAAUAAAUUGGUUAUGAAGUCCAAAUAUAUGUCUGAACAAAAAGAAGUCAGAAAUUAUGGCAUUAAUUUAGGAAGUAUCUCAUCUAUCUUCAAUGGCUUGGAGAAUAAUAUCUGUGAGAAAUUGAACGAUUUAGCUUUUAUCAAUACACCAUCCAACAUUGCCAAUUGUAACACUAAGAAGAGGAAACUCGAUGAGAUGAACUUAACUCCAGACAGUAUAAAAUCUAACGCAAAUGAUUCGCCGUCCAUAAUGAGUGAAUCUAAACGUAUUAAGUUUGAUUCCCCAGAGGAUACAUAUGUUGCAGCAGAGGGCAAAAUGAAAAAGGAUGCCGCUGGUAUAAAUUUUGCCUCGACAAUUACAUCUGGUCCGGCCACGACAACAAUGACUAAUGAUACAAGUGAUGAUAAAAAAGAUAUAAAUAUAUGGGAUUGGGAUUAUUGGGCUAACAAAAUAUAG